AUGGGCGACGGCGUCGGGGCGCUGCACGCGGAGGGCAAUGCCCUGCUGAAGGCCGUGUUCCAGGGCAAGAUGCGUCUGACGCGCCUGCUGCUGGAGGGCGGAGCCUACAUCAACGAGGGCAACGAGCGCGGCGAGACGGCCAUCGCCGCCGCCUGCCUGGCCGGCUACGAGGACGCGCCGCAGGACACGCGCCACAAGAUGGUGCGCUACCUGCUGGAGCGCGGCGCCGACCCCAACAUCCCCGACAAGUCGGGCCGCACGGCGCUGAUGCACGCGUGCGCGGGCCAGGCGGGCCGGGAGGUGGUGUCCCUGCUGCUGGAGAGUGGCGCCGACCCGAGCCUCAAGGACUACGCCGGCGCCUCGGCGCUGGUGCACGCCAUCAACAAGGGCGACCGCGACACGCUGCAGAUCCUGCUGGACACCUGCAAGGCCAAGGGCAAGGAGGUCAUCAUCAUCACCACCGACACCUCGCCCUCCGGCACCAAGAAGACCAAGCAGUACCUCAACUCGCCGCCCUCGCCCGGGCUGGUGGUGACCACGACGGCCGAGACGGGGCCGGGGGCGGACAAUAUCUCCAACCCCUCCCCCUCUGCGGCCAUGGCAACAGCCACCACAGCCGCCUGCAUGUCUCCCUCGGACGUGGAGAUCCGCACCGCAAGCUCGCCCUCUGUCGCCGGCGAGAUCCAGGACGGCAUCUUCAGCUUCGCACUGACAUCGUCGGCGCUGCCGCUGCCCUCCAGCCGGCUGCUGCUGCACCCGGGGCCGGGAGAGAGGCGAGGAGGAGGCCCCCCGGGGCCCCGCAAGCUCCUCAAGAGGCUCAACUCGGAGCCCUGGGGGCUUGUGGCUCCGUCGGCGCUGGCCCUUGGCAGCACGCCUCAGGAGAAGGCAGAGGAGAAGCUGGAGAGGGAGAGGGGCAAGGUGACCAAGGCCAUGAACGGCCUGAGCAUCUCCGGUCCUGGCAGGCCGCUCCUGUCCAGGAGGCACAGCAUCGAGACGCACGACCCCGGCCUGGGCCUGGCCAAGCUGAUGGACCGCUCCUGCUCCGAGGACUGGGCCGGCCUGUACGGCGCCUCCUGGGCCGACAAGGUGCAGCAGCACCAGAUGCUGUACCGCCGGAACACGGCACCAGAGUCCCAGGAGGCAGCCCUACAGCCCGGCACAGCUCGGGGGCUGGCCCACCCCAAACUCAUACGCAUGGAGCACUACGAGUCCGACACGCACCUGUGCCCGGCCGAGUCCAUCCCCGGCUCGCCGGACUCGGGCCGGGCGUCGGUGGCGGAGCGGCGGAAAUACAACGCCUCGCCGUUGUCGCUCCUGGUCGGCGCCGGCAACUCCUCCUCGGUGGCGGUGGCGCUGCCGGCGUCCGCGUCCCGUGAGUCGCUGGAGAGCAUCCCCAACUCGGUGUCGCCCAUCGCGGUGCGGCGGCGCCACCCGGGCUCCCUGCUGGAGCGUCGCGGCUCCGGUACCCUGCUGCUGGACCACAUCUCCCAGACGCGACCCGGCUUCCUGCCCCCGCUCAACCUGAACCCCCACCGGCCCAUACCGGACAUCCGCACGUCCAACGGGAAGGCCGGCAACGCUCCGUCCACCUCGCCUGUCCACUCAGGGAGCGGCGGCGGCAGCGGCGGUAGCAAGGUCCUGAUGCCGGUGGCGCCGCCGUCGCCCAGCAAGCGUUGCCACGGCGACUUCAAGGUGAAGAAGAAGCUGAUGAGGAGGCACUCCAUGCAGACCGAGCAGAUGAAGCAGCUCAGCACCUUCAAGGAGAUCCUCACCGAGAAGGUCAUCGAGUUCACUGGGGACUAA